UGCUCGCGCUCGGAUCGGCGGGCGGGCGCAGAGGAGCGGGCUGCGGGGCCGGAGGGGCCGCCAGGGGACCUCGCAGCGGCCAGGUCCCCACGGGCUGAGUCACCCAACGACCUGAUUGAUUUCCUUUUUCCUAGAGGGAGCAGCCGGGCACUGCGUGCGCCGCCAGCACCUGCCCGCGCCCGGCGGCUUGUUCCCUCUCGAGCGCCGCAGCCGGAGCCCCCAUGCCCCGCGCCGCUCCCCAGUGGCCGCCGCUCCUGCUGCUGCUGCUGCUGCUGCUGCUGCAGCCGCUCGCCCUCGGCGCCCCGGCCCGGCCCGGAGCCCGGGACCCGGCCUCGGAGCUGGUGGUGCCCACGCGGUGGGCGGCCGACGCGGACGAGCUGGCGCUCCACCUGUCCGCCUUCGGCCAGAACUUCGUGCUGCGCCUGGCGCCCGACGCCAGCUUCCUGGCGCCGGAGUUCAAGAUCGAGCGCCUAGGGAGCUCCGCCGGGGCUGCCGGGGGCGAGCGCGAGCUGCGUGACUGCUUCUUCUCGGGCACAGUGAACGGCGAGCCGGAGUCUCUGGCAGCCGUCAGCCUGUGCGGCGGACUGAGCGGCUCCUUCCUGCUGGAUGGCGAGGAGUUCACCAUCCAGCCGCAGGGCGCGGGGGACUCCCUGCACCGGCCGCACCGCCUGCAGCACUGGGGCCUGGGGGCGCGCGGCGCCCAGCCCCACCCCCUCCCUCGAGGACCUGAGGGUGACGGUCAGAGGCAGUACAGAGACGACGAGCUUGAGAAGGAAGAGGAGGAGGAGGCACGGGAGGAGGAAGGCGAAGAGGAGUCGGAAGGCGCGGGCGAGCUGCUGUCCCCCCUGGGGGGCGCGAGUAGGACCAAGCGGUUUGUGUCUGAGGCUCGCUUCGUGGAGACGCUACUGGUGGCUGACGCGUCUAUGGCAGCCUUCUAUGGAACCGACCUGCAGAACCACAUCCUGACGCUCAUGUCCGUGGCUGCCCGCAUCUACAAGCACCCCAGCAUCAGGAACUCUGUGCACCUGGUGGUGGUGAAAGUGCUGAUAGUGGAAGACGAGAAAUGGGGCCCCGAAGUGUCUGACAAUGGGGGGCUGACACUGCGCAACUUCUGCAACUGGCAACGGCAUUUCAACCAGCCCAGCGACCGGCACCCGGAGCACUUCGACACAGCCAUUCUGCUCACCAGGCAGAACUUCUGUGGAAAGGACGGCAUGUGCGACACCCUGGGCGUGGCGGACAUUGGCACAAUCUGUGACCCCAACAAGAGCUGCUCUGUGAUCGAGGACGAGGGGCUCCAGGCGGCCUACACGCUGGCUCAUGAGCUGGGGCACGUGCUCAGCAUGCCCCAUGAUGACUCCAAGCCCUGUGCACGGCUCUUUGGGCCCAUGGGCAAGCACCACAUGAUGGCGCCCCUCUUCGUCCACCUAAACAAGACGCUGCCCUGGUCCCCCUGCAGUGCCAUGUACCUCACGGAGCUCCUGGACGGCGGGCACGGAGACUGUCUCCUCGACGCCCCCACCUCUGCCCUGCCCCUCCCGACAGACCUCCCGGGGCAGAGGGCACUUUAUGAGCUGGACCAACAGUGCAAGCAGAUCUUUGGUCUGGGUUUCCGCCACUGUCCCAACACCUCUGCCCAGGACAUCUGUGCCCAGCUGUGGUGCCACAUGGACGGCGCCGAGCCCCUUUGCCACACCAAGAACGGCAGCCUGCCCUGGGCAGAUGGGACACCCUGUGGGCCCGGGCACCUGUGCUGGGAGGGCAGCUGUCUUCCUGAGGAGGAAGUAGAGAGGCCUAAGGUCAUGGUGCAUGGAGGCUGGGCCCCCUGGGGACCCUGGGGAGAGUGCUCCCGGACCUGCGGAGGAGGAGUUCAGUUUUCACACCGCGAGUGCAAGGACCCUGAGCCUCAGAACGGAGGAAGAUACUGCUUGGGCCGGAGAACCAAGUACCAGUCGUGCCACACGGAGGAAUGUCCCCCUGAUGGGAAGAGCUUUCGGGAGCAGCAGUGUGAGAAGUAUAAUGCCUACAAUUACACUGACGUGGACGGGAACCUCCUGCAGUGGGUCCCCAAGUACGCAGGGGUGUCUCCCCGGGACCGCUGCAAGUUGUUCUGUCGAGCCCGGGGGAGGAGUGAGUUCAAAGUGUUUGAGGCCAAGGUGAUCGACGGCACCCUGUGUGGCCCAGAGACUCUGGCCAUCUGUGUCCGUGGCCAGUGUGUCAAGGCUGGCUGCGACCAUGUGGUGGACUCACCUAGGAAGCUGGACAAAUGUGGGGUGUGUGGAGGCAAAGGCAACUCGUGCAGGAAGAUCUCUGGUUCCCUCAACCCCUCAAGUUAUGGCUACAAUGACAUCGUCACCAUCCCAGCUGGUGCCACAAACAUUGAUGUGAAACAACGGAGCCACCCAGGGGUCCAGAACGACGGCAACUACCUGGCGUUGAAGACCGCCGACGGGCAGUACCUGCUCAAUGGGAACCUGGCCAUCUCUGCCAUAGAGCAGGACAUCUUGGUGAAGGGGACCAUCCUGAAGUACAGUGGCUCCAUUGCCACCCUGGAGCGGCUGCAGAGCUUCCGGCCCCUGCCUGAGCCUCUGACCGUGCAGCUCCUGACAGUCCCGGGUAAGGACUUUCCCCCCAAAGUCAAAUACACCUUCUUUGUUCCUAAUGACAUGAACUUCAGCAUACAGAGCGGCAAAGAGAGAGCAACCACAAACGUCAUCCAGCCCCUGCUCAAUGCACAGUGGGUCCUGGGGGACUGGUCUGAGUGCUCAAGCAGCUGCGGGGCUGGCUGGCAGCGACGGACCGUGGAGUGCCGGGACCCCAGCGGCCAGACCUCUGCCGCCUGCAACAAGGCUCUGAAACCCGAGGAUGCCAAGCCCUGUGGAAGCCAGCCAUGCCCUCUGUGACCUGCGCAGUGGGGCCAGUCUUGUGCUCAUGGACUCGGGGUGCCGGGGUACAGGCAAGUGUCCCCACCAUGAUGACUCUACAUGUGGAGGUGGCAUGGCCUACCCAGCUCUCGCAUGGCCCCAGCCCCUUUGGCACAGGGAGGGGAAGAGAAGAUGGGCCAACAGAUCCUAAUGUCUACUUUCUAGGGGACGGGACCUUGCUUGGGUUCAAGUAGAGGGCAUAGGUUAAAAGGUGAAAGUGUACUUGUUGACCCAAACAGGAGACUCAGUCAGCCUGUUUGCAAAGGACGAGCAAAGUUAAACAACAAAAAAAUGUUUUCUAUUUGGUUUCCCCUAUAAAUAAUCUACCUCAGAGGGGAAAAACUUAGUCCAAGAUAGGUGUGGGGUGGGGAGUCAACGGCGAAUGUCAAAGCAAGCUGCUAAGCUGGCUUCAGAAGUGAUCACGACUCUCUUCAGUAUUAAAAUCCGUUGCCUGAAGGGCUGCGGGGUUGCGGGGAGCCACACGCUCCCAGGCUUCCACCUGCAGGGUGGACCCGUUUCAAGUAUUUAUGCAAAUGCGUCUCUGAACUAAAGUGUGAUCUUGUGCCAACGCAGUGGUCUGGUCUGCUUCAGUAUUUCUUUUGAAAGGGCAGGGGACGCAGAGCCCAAGGACAAAGGCCAAAACUAGGUUGGUCAGCUGACCUUGAACACACUGGGAAGCGGGCACCUCGCCUGAGUCUUUUCAGGCCUUCUGCUUGGGUUCUCAGACACCUGCCAAAUCCAGCUCAUUUGGAAAACUCCACCUUCACAUAACCCAGUAGUUCUCAAACUUGCGUGGGCAUUAGGAUCACCUAGACAGCUUCUCAAAACCCAGAUUGCUGGGCCCACCUCCAACAUUUCUGAGACAGUAGGUCCCGGGGGGCCUGAGGGUCUGCACUUCCAACAAGUUUCCAGGUGACGCGGAGGCUGCUGGUCUGGAAGCUGUGCUUUGAGAAUCACUGCUCUGGUGGAAAUUUCCAGUUCAGAGGCACAGUUGCUAUGCAAUGCCUCUGGGCUGGUUUUUCCUGAGAAAGACUGUCCCCUCCCCACUGCAUGUGUCCCCACCCCCACUUUCACCCACUAGCCAGCAGGACGUACAAGAGUCUCUUAGGCCCUGAGGGGUUCUGAGCCCUCAGCUCUUUCCCUCUGCACCAGAAUCCAUCCCCAUCUCACAGCUGUUUGGGCCCGAGCACCUUGCAGCUGUCCAGCCAGCCCUUUCACUCAGAAUGGCGCUCCCCACCAGCCCCCAGGAACUACCUGAGAGCCUCCAAAACCCCGUCUCCCGGGACAUAGCUCCUCAGGCGCAGUCUUCCACGGGGUCUGCUGCAGAGGAUACAUAGUGCUUGGUCAUAAGUGGGUGAGGAGAGACAGACAACAUCAAGAAAUGACAUUCUAGCUCUGGCCGGGUGGCUCAGUUGGUUGGAGCAUCGUCCCGUACAGCAGUACACCACCAAUAGAUUACAGGUCCAAUCCCUGGUCAGGGCGCGCAUACCCAGAUUGAGUAUUCGAUUCUCAGUCGGGCGGGGCGAAUAUGGGAGACAACCAAUAGAUGUUUCCC